CAGCAUCAGCUGUGGUCAUGAGAACCAGAUGGAGGCUGGGCCACAGGAUGGCAGGCAGGCAGGCGGCUCCGCUAUCUGCUGCCUGACAAUACGGUGACGGUAACACGGACGCUGCAGAGCGCCGCUACAUUAUUGUGACACUUGCCCGCUGGUUUAGGGAGCUUCAUAACGGUACAGGACAGGUGAAGUUUGCCUGUAGAGGAGUUGGAGAGCUUCGCCUGUGGCUUAGAAACGCUGUAAGCUAAACUGAAGUUUAAUAAGCUAACGUUAUAGUCAGCUCUCAUCCAGCAGCUAGCAGUGCCGGGCUACAAGCCGCCGCCUGUCCCUUGCUGCUUUUAUAUGGUCAGAAUUAGCUCUGCAGAGAGACAUGCCUUUCUUCUCCGCUCGUAAAUAUAUAGUGACCCGCAGAUGAUCCCAGCUAACUCGCGUUGCUGCUUUUCACACGGAUGUAGGUAACGAAAAUUGAUAGUGUUUUAUUUAAUUUUUUUGUGGUCAGUCUAGAUAGCAAUGCGGACCACAUUGUUUCUAAUCGGCUCCCGGGCUUCAGAUUACUGCGCUCCACGGAACUGCUGCGGCGUGAGUUGUCGCGUUUCGCAUAAUGGGUGAUCAUUAUGGAGAUGUCAAGGUUCAGCUCGGGCAGAUGAAAUCACUGGGCGAGGAUGCAGAGAAGGAGGAAGUGGAUCCCGAGGAAGAGAUGCCCGUGUCUUCUCCCUCCGCCUCCCCAGAUUCCACCGGCCGCAUCACCACCGGCCCGGGGACGGAUGCACUAUCCACCAAUAUUUGCAAGCAGAAGGGGAAAAGAGGCAGCAAGAAUCCUUGUGGGAAACCCUUGCAGGGAUUUCCAGCUCACGCUGUGAAAAACUUCAACAGUCCUAUAUGUGAUCAAACACUCCACAUCAAGGGGACGGGGACGAUCCUGCAAGGCAAGACAGCAGAGAGUAACGGGAACUACGUCCACGAGUCCAGCAACACGCAGGAAACACGCUGCAAGGAUGAAUUCAAGCUUCCCAGAAAGAGGAGGCCUGUGACGGUGGACACGUCUAAAGCCAAAACCUCCCUGGAAGCCCUGAAGCUGAGCAUCAAGGAGCUACAGUGGAAACAGUUUCACACGGGAAGACGUGCAGCAUGUGAUAUCUACUGGCAUGGUGUUUCCUUCCACGACAAUGAAAAUAUUGUGUCAGGACAAGUCAACAAGUUCCCAGGGAUGGUGGAGAUGCUGAGGAAGAUCAACCUGAGUAGAGCGGUUCGGACUAUGCAAGAGCUUUUCCCAGAAGAGUACGACUUCUAUCCGCGCUCCUGGAUCCUGCCUGAAGAGUACCAGCAGUUUUCCACAGAGAUUCGUAUGGUGAAGGAGAGCGACGGCACGGAGAGCCCGACUUUCAUCGUGAAGCCCGACGGGGGCUCCCAGGGGGAUGGUAUCUACCUCAUCCAAGACACCGUCGAUCUGAAGCUGGUGGUGGGCACACAGGCCAAACAAGCGGUGGUGCAAGAAUACAUCCACAAGCCGCUGCUCAUCGACAAGCUCAAAUUCGACAUCCGCCUCUACGUGCUGAUAAAGUCCAUGCAGCCACUGGAAAUCUACAUCGCCAAAGAAGGUCUGACGCGCUUCUGCACCGAACCCUACCAGGAGCCAAGCCAGAAGAACCUGAGCCGCGUCUUCAUGCACCUGACCAACUACUCGCUCAACGUUCAAAGCGGCAACUAUGUCCACUCGGACAGCCAGAACACGGGCAGCAAGCGGACGCUCUCCAGUGUGCUCUACAGGCUGGCAGCCAAGGGCGUUGACAUCAAGCGGGUCUGGUCGGACAUCAUCGCCCUCGUCAUCAAGUCUGUCAUCGCCGUGCUGCCGGACCUUAAAGUCCACUACCAAGCCGAUAUACCGCCUGCUAAGCCAGGGCCUACUUGUUUCCAGAUAUUAGGCUUCGACAUUCUGCUGAUGAAGAACCUGAAGCCGGUGUUAUUAGAGGUCAACUCCAACCCCAGUAUGAGAAUAGAACAUGAGCAGGAAGUGGCUCCAGGAGUUUUCGAGUACGUUCCCAGUCCAGUAGAUGAGCAGGUGAAAGUGGGGGUGAUUAGGGACACGCUGCGCCUCAUGGAUCCCUUCAACAAGAAAUUGACAGCGACUCCUCAACCAAGAGGAGGCGGGUCUGAUCCUGUGGAGGUGAUCCCAGCGCACGGCGAUUCUCAAGGCAGAAGUCCAGAUAACGCGGAUAAUCUGCCUCCGCUGUGCUUGAAGCAGGUCUACCCGAAGUACACCAAACAGUUCAACCAUCUGCGGCUGGUGGAGCGAAUCGCCGCUCUCUUCAUACGCUUCCUCGGGGUGAAGGGCAACAUGCGCCUCGGCCCCACUGCCUUCCGAACCUUCAUCAGGACUUGUAAACUGAGCAACAGCAACCUCACCAUGGCUUCAGUGGACAUCUUGUAUAUUGACAUCACACGUCGAUGGUCCUUCGCCCUGGCCGACUCCCGAGAAGCAGGGAUGGGACUGCAGGCAUUCGUGGAAGCCUUUUUCAACCUGGCGGGGCGGCGGUUCAAAUCCCUCGCACUGAGGGAGCAGGUAGUGUCCCUGCUGGACCUGUGCGAGUCUCACCUGGGGCCGCAGUCCGGCGCCGAGGACAGACGCUCGCUGAGCUGCAGCAGGGCGCUGCCGCGAGGCGGCAGGACCCAGGCGCUCUACCUCCCCCACCCUCGGCCCAUCUCUCCGGCCGCGCACCGGAGGGCCACGAGCCAGGACUGCCGGCCGCAUCAAAGACCAAAGCCUCGCACGCUCAGGGCAAACGUGGAGAACUGAUGAGAGGGAACCGGCUGUUCAAAACCCACUGCAUCGCCUUGAACCCUCUCCACAGGAGCGAGCGGGGAGGGGGAAGAUUAAGGGUCCAUUUCUCCUCCGCAGAAUAUGAGAAGGGCUAGUCGACCCCUGCUGGCUGGCUUGUCGACGCAUUGCUCUAUGCCUGAUUGCUUUUUUUUUUUUCCCAUUUGAGGAGGAAGAUGGCCUCAGGGGGGGGACUGAAAUGGUAAUGGAGGCUGGUGGAUUCCUUCCUCUCCUCCUUGUGGGAUCACACGUUAACGAUGUGGUCCUGUCAGGAGGAUGUGGCUGCUUUUUAUGUACCGUUUGAUUCUAAAGGGCAGCUACUUGCUUCCCUUCCCUUCUGACUACGUCUCCAAUAAAACCUUUAUAGGUUUUUUUUAUUUGAAUGUUUUUUUCCCCCCCAGGGAUCAAAGUAGAUAUUUUUAUGUACAUUAAUUCACACAGAUCACACUUAAACAAGUGAGUGUAAGGCAGCGUUCUGUGUAUUAUACACUUGCAUCAUGAUAUUUAAAAUUGAUACUUCUUUUUGUUUUCCAGUAAUUCAAUUUAACUCUCAAAUAUUAUGUACCUAACAAUAACCCAAAACGAAGCUUGUCAGAAAAUAAAUUGCAUUGAACUAGCUGCAGCUAAACAUUUGCUGUACAGUACAUGUAUUCAAUUAUUUCAUGAUUCCGUUUGCAUCAGUAACCCCAACCUCUCUGAGCUUUGCUUAACAAAAUCCCUGUUGCGUUAGCACUUUUUCCUCCCACUGAACUUUCCGUGUUAAUAUACUUAGAGAGAGCCAGACCCUUUUUGUCAGAAGUGUCACCAAAAAUCACCAAGUUCAAAGUGUUGUGGGCCACAAAAACAGAAAAACUAAAGCCAAAAUGUGCUGUUUAUAUGUUCAAACAUUGAUUGGACUUAUGAAUCAUUCGAAACACAAAAUGAGUCUAGGAAUUUUGCCUUGUUACACGAGAGGCAUACAUAAUAGAUAUUUUGAGUUUUAAUCUAUUUUCAGCAACAGGAGUGUGUCAUGGCUCACUUUUUCUUCAAAGAAGAAAAAAAACAACUCUUGCUGUGUUAAGCUAAGGUUAUAAAAUGAGUCACCCGGGUCUGCUUUUGAGUCACUGGAUGUUUCUGGUCCUGUUUAUUUAAAAAAUAAUAAUAAUAAAGUGAAAAAAUUAGAUUAAUAAAAGAUGAAUACUAUAUGGUUAUACAUUUUUUUACUAUAAGAUUUUAAUUUCUCAGUGACAGGUUUUUGCCACAAAUCCUUCCAAAUGCUACAAAUUAAUAAUCACGGGAUUAAUGUAGAAUUUGUUUUUUCAUUCUCUCUGUCUGUCCGUCUGUCUAUCCGUCUAUCCAUCCAUCUAUCUAUCUUACUUGUUCAUAUGUAAUACUCUAAUUUUCUGACGGACUGAAUUUGGGUUCUCAUUAGCUAUGGGCCAGGAUGAUCGAACUAAUCAAGCUUAACAGUUUGAAUUGAAAUUCUCAAAAGUAUCUUCAGUCAUACUUUGAGUUAUUGAGAUGCACCUGUAUUCAUGAAUUUGCACAGCAACUAUGUACACGUAUGUUUGCACAGAGGCCGACAAAACGGCCGCCAGGGCUUCUGCGCGCGCACACGUUGCGUACGAGUGUGUGCUUAUGCUCGGUACUGUAUUUAUUUUUGUUCAGCUCAGUAGUGAAAAAAAAUCCUCCUGACAGCAAGUGGCUCAGCUGUUAGUCCUCCAUGAGCCCAUUAGUGACGAGUUAAGUGAAAAAGCAUUCACUUAUCCUCUUUCGGUUCAGCAAGCUAUUCCUGUCGGCAGCCUCAGACCUCCCCGUCAGUGACUUUUUACGUUGAUUACUAUUUAGUGACGUAACUGCCACAGGGCGUUAAUAUUUCAAAAUAAAACAUGACUGCAUGACUUAAAAAAUGAAUAAAUAAAUGAAAAACAUACCAUAUAGUUUCCUGAAGAGAAAUGUGGAGAACGUUUGCACACCAAAAGUUACACAGGAAAGCAUGAUGGAUGCCAAGUUUAAAUGUCACUGUAAUAUCAAAACAUUGCAACAUGUUUUUUCUCACCUUUUGCACCAUUAUUAAGAAUGGAUUUGUCACAUGCAAACGAAGAAUUAACUAUCUGCAGUGUGGGCAGCUGUGAAAACACAAAGUGGAUUAACCUAAACGUUUUUGUUUUCUUUUUGCUAUGAAUACUAAUCUAGGGCUUGCAUACUUACAGCAGUGUGGUGGUUACAACCGUUUGUAGUAGAGGAAUAAGGUCAACUGUGAACGAGAUGUACUUAUAACACUGGAAGACAUGAAUAAAAUAUUCUGAUUGAGCUAAA